CCCGGGGCUUCGAUAUCUUGUCUUUCCGCCCCCUUAGUCGCCUCGCCUCUUCCAUUCCCUUGAGGAGCCUCCACUUUCCGUCAUGGAGGUCUCACUAAAAUCUCAAUCGUCCCAGGGCCAUCGUCUUUCUCUUGAGCAGAGGAACCCAUAAUCCUCUAAUGUAAUUCCAAUGGCAUUCCGUCGAUUCCUUUUGCUAAUGUUUUUUUUUAUAUCGGCGGCCGGCGAACCGACGAGCGACCGCGCCGCCCUCCUUGCUUUCAUCUCUCAAACUCCUCACUCUCAGCGUAUCCAAUGGAAUGCCUCGGCAUCAGCCUGCGAUUGGGUAGGUGUGACUUGCAACGCGAACCGCACUGCUGUUGUGGCCCUCCGCCUCCCUGCCACCGGCCUCAUUGGCCCCAUUCCACCGGGAACCCUUGGCCGUCUCUCUUCUCUCCGAAUCCUUUCGCUCAGAUCCAACCGCCUCUCUGGCUCUCCACCUCAGGAUCUGUCAAAUCUCACCGCACUCCACAGCCUCUUCCUCCAGAAUAAUCUCUUAUCCGGCCCGUUCCCACCGGCAAUCCCCAAACUCACACGGCUAACCCGCUUAGAUCUCUCCGUAAACAACUUCUCCAACGAGAUCCCCUUCGCUGUCAACAACCUCACCCGCCUCACCGGCCUUUUCCUCCAACAAAAUAGAUUUUCCAAUAGCCUACCUAGCAUCAGUAUCCCAGGACUCACAAGCUUCAAUGUCUCGUACAACUCCCUAAAUGGAUCCAUCCCCGACGCGUUAGCUAAAUUCCCGGCAUCAGACUUCAUUGGAAACCUACAGCUCUGCGGUGGGCCUCUCGCCCCCUGCGCCCCCUUUUUCCCCUCACCAUCUCCGUCUCCGACUUCGCCACCGGAAAGCCCCAAGGGGAAAAGCUCCAAGAAACUCUCAACGAAGGCGAUCAUCGGCAUCGCAGUCGCCGGCGGCGUGGUGCUACUCCUCCUGCUGCUCCUGCUGCUCUUCUGCUGCUUGUCGGCAAGGCGGAAGAAGAGCCGAAGGGCAAAAGCAAGGACGAAGCCAGUGGCUACGGCAGCAGGGCCUAUUGGGAGAUCUGGGGAUGUCGGAACGACUUCAUCAUCGAAGGAAGACAUUGCGGCCGCAACUGCCAGCGAAGGUGAUAGGAAUCGGUUAGUGUUUGUGGGUAGUGGUGGAGGUUAUAGCUUUGAUCUGGAGGAUCUUCUCAGAGCGUCAGCUGAAGUGUUGGGAAAGGGAAGCGUCGGUACUUCGUAUAAAGCAGUAUUGGAAGAAGGCACCACCGUUGUUGUCAAGCGGCUAAAGGACGUCACCGUCUCCAAGCGCGAUUUCGAGUUCAACAUAGAGGCUCUUGGCAAAGUCGAGCACCGAAAUCUGCUAGCAAUUAGGGCGUACUACUAUUCGAAGGACGAGAAACUCCUCGUCUACGACUACCUCGCCGCCGGCAGUCUGUCUUCCAACCUUCACGGGAGCCGGGGGUCAGGUCGGACGCCUCUGGACUGGGAAAAUCGAAUGCGUGUUGCCCUCGCUGCUGGCCGCGGCCUCGCUCACCUUCACAGUGCCCCCCGGGUUGUUCACGGCAACAUCAAGGCUUCUAACGUCCUCCUCCGGUCCGACCCGGACGCCGCUGUUCUGUCAGAUUAUGGCCUCGCCCCGAUUUUUGGGCCCAGCGGAUCUGCCAUGAGCCGCGCGGCGGCCGGUUACCGCGCGCCAGAGGUGGUGGAAACACGGAAGCCGACGUUUAAAUCGGACGUUUACAGCUUCGGGGUGCUGCUUCUGGAGCUUCUGACGGGGAAGGCGCCAAACCAGCCGUCGAUCGCCGGGGAAGAGGGUAUUGAUUUGCCGCGAUGGGUGCAAGCGGUUGUGAGGGAGGAGUGGACGGCGGAGGUGUUCGAUGUGGAGCUCAUGAGGUACGCUAAUACUGAGGAGGAGAUGGUGCAGCUGCUCCAGAUCGCAAUGGCAUGCGUGGCGUUGGUGCCGGACUCUCGGCCCGAGAUUGCGAAUGUUGUCAGAAUGAUGGAAGACAUUGCCGGAGGACGCGGAGGCACGUCGGAGGGGGACGAUGCGUUGCGAGCCUCGUCCGAUGAUCCGUCCAAGCCGGCAUCGGGCGGCCGCACGCCGCUUAGGGCAGCAACGCCAUGAGAUAGACACGCAGGCACUCUUUCUAUGUUCCUGUUUUUUCUUUGUCCAUUCAAUGAAGAUAGGAAAUUGUGUUUAUUUUUAGUAUUA